UCGUGGCUCAACUUAGCGUGCCCAUGGAAAAAGCUAAGGCGUCGAGGAAGAGUGGUCUGUAAAAGCACAAUAUGUCGGAUUUUGGCUUUUCUUCGUCAUCAUCUUCGAGUUCCUCAAGUGGAAUGAAUGGCACUCAACGAGCUGAACUGAUGGAUCAAGUCAAAAGUCAGCUUUUAGUAGCAACCUUACAAGAAUUACUUUCGAAAAUGUCAGAAAAAUGCUUCAAAAAGUGCAUUUACAAACCAGGAGCAAAGCUUGAUAAUUCUGAACAGAAAUGUAUAUCUUCAUGUAUGGAUCGAUACAUGGAUGCUUGGAAUAUUGUGUCAAAAACCUACCAGAACAGACUAAUGAAGGAACAUUCCAAUGCAGGAAAUUUUAAUUGAAGAGACUUGCCUGACCUUAUUUACUUGUACUGCUUGGAAUAUUGUGUCAAAAAUCUACCAGAAUAGAUUAAUGAAGGAAUAUCCCCAUGCAGAAAAUUUUGAGUUAAAAAAACGUACCUGACCUGACCCUAUUUACUUGUACUGAUUUACCUUGUUAGUUGUUACUGAACUCAUAUGAUGCAUAUUGCAUCAACUAAUUUUUUUUUUUUCAUAUUCAAGUUGGAUCAGCUGUCAUUUAACUUAUGAAGCAUUGCUAACUCAGACACUAUGGGAGGAAUUAAGACAAAUUUUUCAUGGGGAAGAUAGUUUAUUAUGGUAUUGUUAGUUUAUGCACAAAGUCAAAAGCUAAAACAAUGUUUUAAUCAAACCAACAGUAUACCUAGAGGUGGUGAAAACCCCAAACUGUGUCCUUCCUCUUUCUUGAGGAUAUACUGUACGAGUAUACUACCUCUUUAUAAAGAAACCAGACCUUAUUGGGUUCAAAGCUUAAUAGGUCACUUAAUAGAGAUAGCAUUCAUCUUAAGUUCCACAGGUUUUUACCUCAAUGUGUUUGAGCAAAUAUUUUCUCCAUUCACCCUUGCAUGUACAUAAACCUUGAAAAGACAACACCUACAUCUUAUAGCAUUAGCCUUCUGUGAGAUGUUAUUUUCUCUUGUCUCAGAAUCUUAGACCAAGUGAAAAGCUUAUAAAGAAUGUCUAUAUGGAA